CUAGCUCCCUUAUAAACCUAACAAUCCGUUUUCUUCAUCUUCUCACACACUCUCUCUAAACCCUAGCUGUAAAUCUAAUACCUUACAAUCAUGGCGGAGAGAGGAGGAGGGGAGAGAGGAGGAUUCGGUCGUGGAUUUGGAGGACGUGGUGGUAGAGGUGGAGACCGCGGUGGAAGAGGCCGUGGCGGCCGUCGUCCACGCCGUGAAACAGAGGAGGAGAAAUGGGUUCCGGUGACAAAGCUAGGAAGGCUCGUGAAAGAUGGAAAAAUCAAGUCACUUGAGCAAAUCUACCUUCACUCACUCCCAAUCAAGGAGUUUCAAAUCAUUGAUACUCUUAUCGGACCAUCUCUCAAGGAUGAGGUGAUGAAAAUCAUGCCAGUUCAGAAGCAGACCCGUGCCGGACAGAGAACCAGGUUUAAGGCGUUUGUUGUCGUCGGUGACGGUAAUGGUCACGUUGGUUUGGGUGUUAAGUGCUCGAAGGAAGUGGCUACUGCUAUUCGUGGAGGAAUUAUAUUGGCUAAGCUAUCAGUGAUUCCAGUGAGGAGAGGUUACUGGGGUAACAAGAUUGGGAAGCCACACACUGUGCCUUGCAAGGUUACAGGGAAAUGUGGGUCUGUUACUGUGAGGAUGGUGCCUGCUCCUCGUGGUGCUGGUAUUGUUGCUGCUCGUGUCCCCAAGAAGGUCCUUCAGUUUGCUGGUAUUGAAGAUGUCUUCACAUCUUCUCGUGGAUCCACCAAAACCCUUGGAAACUUCGUUAAGGCGACAUUUGAUUGUUUAAUGAAGACCUACGGGUUCCUGACCCCAGAUUUCUGGAAAGAGACUCGCUUCACCAAAUCUCCAUUCCAAGAGUACUUUGAUAUCCUGGCAAAACCUGCCAAUAAGGUGAUUGUCUACGCCACCGAAGAGGCAGCACCUGAGAGGGUUGAGGCUUGAUUCAUUAGAUGUUAUGUGCUCUGUUGUUUUGUUCUAGUAGUCUUCUUUAUUAUGAAAUGUUAGUAUUCUAAAUUUUGACUUCUGUUCUUGAGGGAUAUUUUACGCAGAUUUUCAAAAACAUAAUGUUCCUUGUUUUGGUUUGUUUUCAACAAUAUAUAUGAAGUUUCUUAAUUGAUCUCAUCUU